ACACCACACCUGCGUCAUCCGUGUGAUGGAUUUGAGAGACUCAGAAGGUUGGUAAUAGAUGAAGCCGUACUCAAAGGUGAGAAGGCUUGGGCCGACUUCAAAAUCGCUAGAUACUCUCUGCCAAUCUCAUUGGAGAGCAUCACCAUCUUGUCACGCGGUGGUCUCGACCUAUACAAGUCUGUGGUUGAGACUCUUCAACACAGCCUGCCGUCUGGUUUCAGAACUUUGGGCCUCUGGUCUCCCUACGAUAACCCCAGCAAUCGCCCGCAUCGGUGUCAUGUGAGGUCAGAACGGAGUAUGGGCCAAAGUGGGACCUGCAGGUGGGUACUCCACUGCCCACGAGUCGCUCCCACACGCAGAUAUCUGAUUUUGGCUUGUCACAAGUGUCGACCCUUCACCACCUUUCCACUCAUUCUGAAGAAAUUUGUGGACAGGAUGACAACGCCAUACGGCCCAAGUAUGUCACCUAUCUUCUAUUCCAAUUUUAAGCUCGGUGGCUGGAUCCACUGUCGUACUCCGCAGCAGCUCGACGGCGUGGUGAGCCGAGUCACUCCGUGUACACUUGCGCGACUGCCGGGCCUGGUGCCCGCGUAGACGUCGAAGGAGGCCAAGGAGGCAGGACCUUCUUGGAUUUGAGAGCAUAAUCAAUUCGGGUUGACGGCCGGAGAUAGUGUAGUAUAAGCGACAAUUUCUCUGGUGGUCUUGAAGUCGCGGUUGGCCUUCAUUCCAUCUUGAAACUGAUCUUGAGAAAUUAA